CGCGCGCCUGAGCAACAAGUUUAGUUUCGCACCUGGUCAGGUGAUCGCGAUAUCCGCUGGUUUUUUCCUAUCCAUAGCCCCCCAAGCCCCCCGAAAAAGUGAGUGAAUGCGAGUGUGCAAGGAAAAUCGUAAAGAAAAAUUACACGCAUCCGUCGAAAAUAACUAAUCAUCGUAAUUUCCGAGGAAAGAAAUUUUGCAGCAAAAUUCGACUGAGACAAAAGUGGCAAAAAUGAACUUUUUUGUGAUUGGCUUUCUGAUCAUGCAGGCGGCAAGAUUGGCUUGCGGGACGUGUGUUUUAUCGUCCGAUUUCGGUUUCAUUCUCGAUUGUAACUUCAAAAAGUCUGGACUGUUUCGUGUACGAAAUUUGGGUGGCCUCAAGGCCCAUUUCGGUUUAGGUUUCAGUCUGGGCGACGAGCUGGGCUUUCCGGAAUCUCUGGGCAACACGGAGAGCGACCGCCGGCGGGCCAUUAGCUACAAGAAUGGAGCACCUCCUGACCUAGUGGGCGUACUCCCAUCCACCCAGCAACAGGUCAAUCCACCUGCGCAACAUCCGUUGCCCGAGAAGCGAAUAAGUUCACGAUCUACGGGAGCAGCGCCCUUCAAUCUGCAACAGGUGCAACAGCAGCAGCAAAUGCAACUCCAGCAGCAAAAGCUGCAACAACAGCAGUUGCAACAGCAACUGAAACUGAAGCAACAAUUGCUGCUACUGCAGCAGCAACAGCAACAGCAGCAGCAGCAACCGCUAAUGACCGAGGCUCGUCCACUGCCCCUCGGAGUUCCUGCCUUCCGACCCAUUCCCCAGAAGCAACUGGCCGCCACCCAGGCCUCCGCUCCGGUUCCCACUACGGCAGAGAGACGGGUGGCCGUCGACACCCCGGAGCCCCGGGUCAGUGUCAACAACAAGCUGAUAAGUACCAUCGAUAAACCGCACUCAAACCGCACUUUCCAUGUGGCCAAUCCGGUGGUGGCCCAACCAGUGGUGACCCAGCCAGUGGUGUCCCAGCCAGUGGCCGUGCCCGUCUUCCAGGCGAUGCCCCAGUCCAUCGCCAGGAUCGCCAACGUGGGCAAGGAGCACCGGACGGUGGCCAGCCACCCGAAUUACCUGCAGUUCGAGGAGCCCAAGUUCGAUCUGAAGGAUGUGACUGUUGAGGAACUGGCCGCCGCUGCCAAUGUGACAGUGGACACCAUCAAGCACGCUAUUUACGUGCGGGAGCAGCAGUUGAAGGCCGAGCACAGGGCCCAGCUGGCGGCCAAGUUAAGGGAGGAGUUUAUGCGCACCUCUACAGUGAGGACAACGACGACCACAACGACAACCAGUACGCCACGGCCUCAAAAGUCACUGGCCGAGCACAAGGUGUCCAAGGUCAUGAACGCCCCCAAGGAGUACUAUCCGGUGGGCUACGACAAGAACUUCGAUGACAAUUUCAAAUCCAAGGUGGACCUGCCGCCCACGAGCUUCUCCUGUGCCAAGCAAAAGCACUUUCCGGGUCUUUACGCGGACACCGAUCUUGGUUGCAUGGUCUUCCACGUUUGCGCCCUCACCGACGACGGCUUGGUGCGGAAAUCGUUCCUCUGCCCGGAGAACACACUCUUCGACCAGACGAUCCUCAAGUGCAACUGGUGGUUCUACGUGGACUGCAGCUCCAGCACCAGCGUUUACGACUCGAACAUUCCCAUUUCGAAGAGCUACCAGCUGAUGAAGUCGCUUACCUACUUCUCCAAGUUUGCCGGCGGCCAGCGGCAUGAGCAGGAUGGCCAGAAGGACGAGAACGCCCUGGACAUCGACUCGUUGCGGGAGUCGAUGGAGGGCGUGGUCCGGCGCCAGGAGCAGGCCAAGAAGGCGGAGCUGCGGGAGGAGGAGCAGCGCAGCCUGGCCAAGGAGGACCAUGAGCAUGUGGUGCCCGCGGAGGCGGAGCAGGAGCUGUCCAACUAGGCUUCUCUGGGCCCAACCCAACGCUAUCUGAGAUCUAGGUUAAGUGUUCACGAUCGAGCGUCUCUGGUCGGUUAGCCGUAUGUAGUCAAAUCCUUGCUAAAGUCAACGGUUUUCUAUAGUCUCAUCAUGUAUUCCACAGAAAAACAAUUUAUCCCUUAAUUGGUCACCGAUUCGGAUUUCAUUCAGAUAAAAACAAAGCCUCUUUGUGGCGACUUAAAUUUAUGUUUCAAAAUCUCAAAAUAAUUUUCUUCAUAUCCGUAAGCUAUAAUCAAUACUGGAUGAGAUAUGACUAAGAUUAUUUUGACCAGAAAACAGUGGACACUAGGGAACUGAUAUUGUUAUGAUUUUAAUCUGUUUAGUCUCAUCACUUCCUGAGGCAGCUCCCGUUCUACCGAGCGCCCCUUAGAUGUAGUCUUUUCCUAGACCCUUAGGUGGAUAAUAUCUAGUUAAGCCCAUCACCAAGUGAUUUUUGGUUUGGGUGGUUAAUUUUAUUACGUUUUACUAUUUAUUUAUUCUACAAGUAUUUCACGACAAUUAAACAUCGUUUAUUUCAACAAA